UAUUUCUAUUUACAUCCAGGGAAUAUAUAUUAAUUGAAAACCUAAAUCAUUCAAUCAAGCAGAAUGUUUUAAAUGAAUAAUGAAUAUCUUUGGCAAUUAUGAACAGAUUUAAGGAAGAAUUAUUAACACUAUCAAUCUUCAUGAUUUUCAAAUUAAAUUAGUUUUAUUAAGCAUUGAAACUUAUCUUUCUGGUUUUUAAAAGAAGAAUUACUGUGGUAUUUGGGAUUCAAAAAUGUCCAUCCCAGAUAAAACAUGGCGGCCUCAAUUUGUUGUAAUUGAAACAACCAUGGGUGAGUUCACUGUAGAGCUCUACUGGAGUCACUCACCCAACACUUGCCGCAACUUUGCUGAGCUGGCGAGACGUGGCUACUACAACAACUGUCCAUUUCACAGAAUCAUACGAGACUUCAUGAUCCAGGGUGGUGAUCCUACUGGUACUGGCAGAGGUGGUUCAAGCAUUUAUGGCCAUCAGUUCAAUGAUGAGCUUGAAACUGACCUGAAACACACCGGUGCUGGCAUCCUUUCCAUGGCAAACUCGGGACCUAAUACCAAUGGUUCUCAGUUCUUCAUCACACUUGCCCCCACUCAAUGGCUUGAUGGCAAACAUACUAUUUUUGGUCGUGUAUACAGUGGCAUGCAGGUCAUCAAGAGGCUUGGGCUUGUCGAGACUGACAACAAUGACAAGCCUGUUGAUCCUUUGAAAAUAAAGAAAGCAUUUGUUAAAAUGUCUUGAUGAUGCUCUGCAAAAAUAGUUUUAUGUACAAAUUUUUUGCCCACGAAUUUGUUCAGUAUUUCUGAAAUCUCAAGGCAAUAUGCUAUAAGUAAAAAGUGUGUUCUACAAAUAUACAAACUUUAAAAACAUUCAUGUCUGCCAUUGAAAUUUCUGACUUGGUGUAACGUUUGUGAUUUGUACAAUUUCCUGCAUUUGUUACCCUUUGCUACCGAUUUUUUAGACACGAUCUCAUUAAUUGUAUUCAGUAUCACAGUUUUCACCAUAUACUUAGUUCUAGAGAGAAAUUUGUAUGCAAUUUGUUUGAUGGUCAAUAUAAUUAACGUUAUUGUGGUGUGCCACGUUUCUAGUGCGUGCAUUACUGAUGAAUAUCUUUCCUUUUUACUAUUGACUUUUUGGAUAUAAAACAACUACUAUCGAAAUAA